UCUACUAGAAAUCGCUUUGACCGGCCUGCCACUUCCUUCCUCAAAGAUCGUUGUUUCACUUGGGAAAACAAGAGACUAGAGACUAGACAGUAUAUUCACACGAUUGUAUGUUAAAGUAUCUGCAUGAUGGACGUUCUUGACGUGCUACCCUCAAAUUUCGGCCUUGUGAUCUUCACGUACCUAUACAGUUGGAUAAUGCUGGGUUAUCUUGCGGUCCAGGUUGGGUCUGCAAGGAAGAAAUAUGACGUGAAGUAUCCAACAAUGUACAGUGACAAGGAGCCAGUGUUCAACUGCAUUCAGAGAGCACAUCAGAAUACCUUGGAGGUAUAUCCUCAGUGGCUCGUCUUUCAGACUAUUGCAGCAUUGGUCUACCCUGUUGCUGCCUCUGUGUUGGGUGCCAUCUGGGUGACCAGUAGGUUCUCAUAUGCCUGGGGCUACUACACUGGAGAUCCUGCAAAGAGGAUGCGUGGCGUUUAUGGCUACAUUGGAUACUUCGGAGUCAUCAUUCUUUCAAUUUCCGUUGCUUUGCAACUACUGAAAGUGUUCUGAAAUGUAAUGUAAAUAUUUGUUAUUGUCAUGGCACACAGCUAGGUGAAAACAAUCAUGUUGCUCCAUCACACAUUGCUGUAGAUUUGAUCUGUUUGUGAUGUUUUCUCUAAAAUUGAUCUGUCUGCAUAAUGCACUGCUUUUAGUAAGCUAUUCAAAAAGACCACUAUUGCUUUUUAUCAGUUACUUCCAAUAAUGACAAGAUAAUUCUGGAUGUGUACACCAUCAGUUAUAUUUGAUGAUGUAUUGCAUCAGUAACACUUGGCAUGAAUGUUUUGCAUAUCUUUGUCUUUUCACAACAUGAAAUUGAAACAUCAAUUAAACAACUUCAGAUUUAAUAGUUAACUCAAUACCAGCCUUUGGGGUAGAAAGAGUAUUCUUUCUGCAACGAUGCUUUAGCUUUAUUCAGGUGAUGUGACAUAAACCAAGAAUGUCUUGUAGUUACUUGUUUCUUGGUUUUCUGUGUACAGUAUGUCAUCAUGAAAUGUCUGAAAAUUAAAGUAUGCUAUUGAACUGUAACUUAGUGGUUUGAUAACAAAUGGCAAACAUGUUCUAACUUCCUACAAGGGCUUGUGUUUUAACAAUAAAUUAUUUUACAAUGA